AUGCCAGACGUCACCAAGGAAAACUUUCGCGCUUCCUUCGAUCCCAAGCGCGUCGAAGUUGAACGCGACCUGGAUAAUUUACCGAAUGUCUCCAAGACCCAGAUCCAAGCAGCCGUCGACAACCUCGUCCAACGAAUCCAACUCCUUGAGAAAGCCGUCACCGACAACAUCACCAUCCUUCCUUCUUAUGAUGCCAGGAUCUGUCUUGAGGCAGUGAAGGCAGCUUCUGAAAGGUUGAGUGUUCUGAGAGGCAAGCUUGUCCCAAGACCAAAGUUCUCGUUCAAGUCUCGCAAGACGGUCGCCACCGCUACAUCCCCAUCCGCGCUCCAGGUGCCCAACGCCGCUACCCCUGCCUUAGCUACUCAGUCGACGGUCGACACGAGUCUUUUCAUGACAUUCGAGAACCGAGCUGGCGAAUACCUCUUCAUUGGCGACCUCCAAGUCCCUAACGCUGUCGCUCAACAUGACGCGAGUGGUCCCAGUCCGAGCGCAAUGAUGGUCGAUACAGAGACCAUCUACCUCGGAGGAGUUCAGGUCAACGACAAUACCACUGCAUCAGGACCAGCGGUGGCCGAGAAACCCAAAGACGUGGCGUUGACAAACCUGACAGAUUGCACCAUCAACCUGGUUCACACUUUACCUCUGGGUGCCAUUCACAUCAAGAACCUCAAGCGCUGUGUCCUGGUCAUCCCCCCUGUUUCUGGAAGUAUCUUGUUGCAUGAUUGCGAGGGCUGCACACUCAUUGGCGCCUGCCACCAGCCCAUCAUCGAGGACUGCACAGACAUGCGAUUCGCACCAUACCCAUACCAAGAAGUCCUUCCAAGCGACCAACUCAUGACCCUCUUUGUCGCCGCCGGGUUGAGACCCGAAAAGAAUUUGUUUGACCACGUCAAUGACUUUAAUUGGCUUCGUCAACAGCAGUCGCCCAAUUGGAGGUUGCUGGAUGCCUCUGAGAUCCGGCAGGGGAUUGCUCACCAUGUCCUCUAUACUCAGCGCGCUUGA